AUGGGAAAAGGAACUUUUGAUGAAAUUGGUUCGUCACGUGUUACGUUAAAAUGGUUUUCUUUGAUGGUAUUAAGUUCGCAAGUUGUUGGUGUUAUUGCCAUUAUUCUUCUAGCCGUUCUUUUUGGUCAAUAUCGUGGUGGUUUUUCAUGGACAUCGGAUGUUGAAAAAGAAUUUAAUUAUCAUCCAUUAUUCAUGACAUUGGGAAUGAUUUUCUUCUACGGUGAUGCUAUUUUGGCUUAUCGAGUUUUUCGUGAUGUUAAAAAACUUCGUGUUAAAAUACUUCAUGGUUCUUUAUUAGCACUUUCACUUAUUUUUGCGUCUAUUGGUCUCAAAGCUGUUUUCGAUAAUCACAAUUUAUCUACGCCACCAAAACCAAAUCUUUAUUCACUUCAUUCAUGGGUUGGUCUCACUGCUGUGGUUUUAUUCGGUGCGCAAUGGGUUUGUGGUUUUGUCAGUUUUCUAUUUCCAAAACUAAGCGAAGAGAUUCGUAAAGCUUAUAUGCCAAGCCAUAAGUUUUGGGGUAAGGCAAUAUUUACUCUUGCUGUUGGAGCUGUUCUCAUGGGUAUUACAGAAUAUAGUAUUUUUAAAAAUAUCUAUAAUACUGCUGAAAUCAAAUAUCAACGAAAUUUAAUUAACUUCUUCGGCGGUUUUGUCAUUAUUUUUGCUGGUAUUAUUCUUUAUCUCGUUGGUAAUCCUGGUUACCAACGACCACCCGAUAAUGAGAUUGAACAUGUACCUUUAGCAGAUUAA